AUGGGUGUUUUCACUUACAAUGACGAGGAAAUCUCAUCCGUGGCUCCAGAGAAACUCUAUAAAGCUUUGACAAAAGAUGCUGACAGUAUCACUCCAAGGGUGCUUGAAGCCAUCCAGAGUGUUGAAAUCGUUGAAGGAAAUGGAGGGCCCGGAACCAUCAAGAAGAUAACCGUUCUUGAAGGCGGGAAAACUAGCUACGUGCUGGAAAAGGUUGACGCAGUUGAUGAGGCUAACUUGGGAUACGACUACAGCUUUGUGGGAGGAACAGCGUUGGAUGAAAGUUUGGAGAAAGUAACAUUCGUGACAAAGGUGGUGGCUGGCCCAAAUGGUGGCUCCAUUGGGAAGGUCACUGUCAAUUACCACACCAAAGGCGAUGCACCACUUUCAGAAGCAGUGCGUGAGGAAACUAUGGCCAAGGGAACUGGGCUUUUCAAGGCCAUUGAGGGUUAUAUUCUUGCAAAUCCUGAUUACUAGAUCCCUCUCACUAUAUUAAGCACUUUCUUUUUCUUAUUAUACAAGUAAUUAAGUAAAUAAUAUUGUGCUUAAUUAUGUGCUCAUUUAUAUUUGUAUC